AUGGUUGUUCAAGAGCGUUGGCGUAUCCAACGACUCAAAAACCUUGAGGAAUGGAAAAAAGAAAAAGAACGUGAACGAUCAGAUUCUACUUCAUCGAGAUUAAGCGACAAUCAGUCAAAAGAAGCUCUUCAGUGGCUGGAAUGGUCAGCAUAUUCAACAGCAAGUAAUAUUCAACAUGCUGGUAACUAUUAUGAAGUCAAAAUAGGUCCAAAAAAAAUUAGAGUUGAUGGUAUAAAUGAAAGACGAAAAAACAUUUUUCAGUAUCAUGGUUGUUGGUGGCAUGGAUGUAUUGAGUGUUUUAUGUUUAAUCGUGAUCAUGUACAAAAAGAUGGUACAACUUUAAAUGAACGUUAUGAACGCACGCAAAAUAUUACAAAGUAUUUAGAAGAUCAAGGUUAUGAUGUUAUUGAAAAAUGGGGAUGUGAAUUUAAAAAAUUGUUAAAAGGUGUACCUCAAGUAAAAAAAUUUGUGGAUUCUAUUGAUGCUAAUUAUUACGCAGCAUUGAACCCACGUGAUGCUUAUUUUGGUGGUAGAACGGAGAAUUUCGUCGAGUCAUAUACAGUACAACCCGGAGAAACUAUACAGUAUGUAGAUUUCACAAGUCUGUAUCCGAGUGUCCUUAAGCAAUCUGCAUUUCCAUUAGCUCAUCCUAAAGUAUAUGCUGGUCGCGAUAUCGAGAAAGAAUUUCCAAAUAAUGAUAUAUCAAAAAUUGAUGGAUUAAUAAAAUGUCGUGUACUUGCACCGUCUGAUUUACACAUGCCUGUUUUGCCUGUACGUUCAAAAAAUAAAAAACUUUAUUUCCCACUCUGUCGUACAUUAGUUGAUACAAUGGAGUCAGGUUUUUGUAAUCAUAAUAAUAAUGAGAGAAGUUUAAUCGGGACUUGGGUGUCGUCAGAACUAAAACUUGCUUUAACAAAAGGAUAUGUCAUAGAAAAAAUAUAUGAAGUUUGGCAUUACGAUAAAAUGUCGAUGAGUAAUAAAGAAACUAAUGAAGUCGGUUUAUUUACAGGAUAUAUAAAUACUUUUCUUAAAAUAAAACAAGAAGCCAGUGGGUACCCAUCUUGGGUCAAAACUGAAUCUGAUAAAGAUCAAUAUAUCGAGGAAUAUUUUCAAGCUGAAAAUAUUAAAAUUGAUAAAGAAAAUAUAGAUUUUAAUCCAGGUCUCCGUACAUUGAGUAAAAAUAUGCUCAAUUCGUUAUAUGGUAAAUUAGGACAGAAAAGUUCUUUAUGGCGUAAAACAAUUUGCAGUGGUUUACAAGAAUAUUAUGAUAUAGUAGAUAACGAAAAAAAUUUAAUUCAAUUUAUCGAACCAACAAAUCAAGAAACUGUUCUAAUUACGUGGAAGUUAAUUAAUGAAGAAGAACCUUUAACAAAAACAACAAACGUUGUAUUGGCGGCUUUUACAACAGCGUACGCUCGAGAAAAAUUAUAUUCUUGGAGUAAAUUGAGAGAUUUAACUGAUGAGCUAGAAGAGUAUGGAGAAGGUUCAUACAUAAAAUCUUUUAUAUCGGGUGGGCCAAAAUUUUAUUCUUUUAUUGUACAAAAACCUGAUGGUGGUCAAGUAGAAGUCUGUAAAUUAAAAGGUGUACGACUUGACUUGGAAGCACAAAAAUUUAUAAAUUUUGAUACUGUUGAAUCAUUAAUUAAGCGUGAAAUAGAUCCUUUUGAAAUUAAAUAUAAUUCUAUCCGUAGAACAAGAGAUCUACAAGUGUACUCUACUAUUGAUAAAAAAUGA